CAACGACGCGUUGUGUUCUGUUGUUUAUCGAAUUGUUCGAAGUUGUUAAUUUAAUUGAGUUUCGAAAUCGGUCCGGUAGUGCAAAAAUUACGACGCGACAUUUUUAGCGGCAAUUGUUGUCGGAGUUCACACCAGGCCGAUGAAGAAAAGCUAAGAAAUUAAUAAUUGAGAGAAAAAAGUGCGUUCAAUGUGAGAAAAAAUAAAGAAUUACGAGCGAAAAAACCCAGCUGUUGAAAAAGUGCAAUAUCCGAGUGCAAAAGCAAAGCUCCCAUUAGAUAACUAGUGAAUCCUGUUUUGUUUUUCGUUUGUUGUUGUUUGCUAACGGAGUGAGUGACUGACUUCUGACUUGCCUGCUUGCUUGCUUGCAUUCCGGUGAAGAGCGUUGUGAACGGUGGCACGGAACGGUCCAGCCGAAGAUGCGAAACGUGUGGAUUGUGGUGGCUAGCGCCCUGCUGGCGUUCGCAAAUUUUGUCAAAUCCCAGGAAACGUCCCGCAACCUGUACAGCUCACGUGUAUUUUCCCGUCUUUACAGAUACGAUAAUCUGGAUAUCGACACAAUUUUGGCCAGCAGCCGGUUGGUGAAUAACUACGUCGACUGUUUGCUCAGCCGGAAACCGUGCCCACCGGAGGGAAAGGAUUUGAAACGAAUCCUCCCGGAGGCCCUUCGUACGAAGUGCGGACGUUGUUCGGAGACGCAGAAGGAAAAUGCCCUGAAAAUCAUCACCACACUGUACUCCAACUACCCGCAGCAGUAUCAGGCCCUGCGUAACCGAUGGGAUCCCUCCGGAGAAUAUCACCGACGGUUCGAGGAAUACCUGCGCGGAUUGCAGUUCAAUCAGAUCGGUAGCAACAGUAACGGCGGUAACGCUGGUGUCAACACCAAUGCCAUCGAUACUCCGGUAAGAAACGAUUUCGAUCGGGAUCAGUCGCAAAUCCUGCUGCAGACGUUGCUACUGUCGUCGACCUCAACAACGACGGCGCCCCCGCGCCCGAACGCGAUCGCCAGCGGUUCCGAGCAACAACCCCAAUUGGCACAGGCACAGAUAACACAACCGCUUCCAUCGGUCGGAUCGGUUAACAGUCGCUUCGGUGAUGAUGAAAGCAACAACGGUGCCGUGACGCCAACCGUUCCGGGAACGACACCAGCACCGGCACCAAGUCCAAUUACUGCCCGACCGCAGCCGCAAGCGACAACGAGACCGGUGGUGAGGCAGACCACUUCUCGGGUUGUUACUCAGCGCACCACCCAGGCCCGGCCGGGCGGAGGAGCGUCGGUCAACAACGUUAACAACGGAAGUCCAUUCGUGGGUCUGUUCAACCAGAUCGGAACCAAGCUGGCCACGACGGCCGAUGCCAUCGCCGGAAUGCUGCGCAAGACGGUGGACGUGAUUGUGACUUCCCACAUUCAGGCGCACAAACGGUCGCUGAGGAGCAAUUGAUUUUCCGUCAUGUGCCUUCCCCCCUCUGGAACACAGACACGAGACUUGAGAUGCAUUCGAGAUGGAAUGAUGAAAAAGCUAAAAGUUAAAAGACGGCUGAGCUGGUGUAGUAGACUCUGAGCAAAAGUACUCAAUGAAAGAUAGCGAUAGAUGGAUGGAAAGGAUCUUGCCGUUUUAGGCAUUAUUUUGAUGGCCGUGUUACGUUAACUUAUAUUCUGAUUAGAGUAUUAAGGUAUUAUCUGUAUAGCUAAGAAUUUCGAUUGAUAGAGAAGCUCCUCGCCGGUGGUGAAAAAUGCUAGGAGAUAAACAAUUUUAUUGCAAAUGCAAAUAUAACAAUUUGUACUUAAAUUUCUUGCGGGAAAAUUGAGUAACAUAUGAAAACUCUUGGUUAGCUUGGAGAAGGGUUUAGAAGCAGUCUGUUGGAUCGGGACAAGAUUCGACGCUACAGGUAUGAACUUGUGUGAGAGGAAAUUCGAUAAGAAAUUACA